UCCUUCUUUUGAGCAUUGUAUCAGAACAUUGGAAUUGGUAUUCGGAAAGCCCCACAGCACUGGUAACUCUGAACGGAUUCAGCUCUCAGGAAUGUACAAUGUUAGAAAAGGGAAAAUGCAUUUGCCAGUCAACAGAUGGACAAGACGCCAAGUUAUCCUUUGCGGGACGUGCCUAAUAGUGUCAUCAGUGAAAGAGAGCCAGACCGGAAAAAUGCAUGUGCUCCCCUUAAUUGGUGGAAAGGUAGAAGAAGUUAAAAAACACCAGCACUGUUUAGCAUUUAGUUCCUCUGGACCUCAGAGUCAGAGUUAUUACAUCUGCUUUGACACUUUCACUGAGUACCUACGGUGGCUUCGACAAGCUUCAAAAAUUGCAUCCCAGCGAAUAAGCUCAGUGGAUCUCUCAUGUUGCAGCCUGGAGGAUAUGCCUGUCAAUCUUUUCUAUAGCCAGGACCUCACUCAUCUCAAUUUGAAGCAAAAUUUCCUGAGGCUGAACCCUAGCUCAUCAAUGGUCAGAGGACUUGACGACCUACAAAGAUUCAAUAAGUUGAGGAGCUUAAACCUUUCCAACAAUCAUUUAGGAGACUUCCCUUUGGCGGUGUGCAGCAUUCCAACCUUAACUGAGCUCAAUGUGUCCUGCAAUGCACUCAGAAGUAUACCAGCAGCUGUUGGAGAUAUGAACAAUUUACAGACCUUCUUGUUGGAUGGGAACUUCCUCCAGAGCCUUCCAGCUGAAUUGGAAAGGAUGCAUCAGCUUAGUUAUUUGGGCCUCUCUUUCAAUGAAUUCAGUGACGUUCCUGAAGUCCUGGAGAAACUGACUGCCAUGGACAAACUCUGUAUGUCUGGAAAUUGUAUGGAGAUGCUUAGCUUGCCAAUACUAAGGAGAAUGCCGCACAUAAAGCAUAUAGAUCUAAGGUUAAAUGUGAUUAGACGGUUGACUGGAGAUGAGAGUGACUUCCUACAUCAUGUGACCCAGCUUGAUCUUCGAGAUAAUAAACUAGGGGAGCUAGAUGCAACCAUCUUCAAUAAUGUUGAAAUACUACACUGUGAAAGAAACCAGCUGGUAACCCUCAAAAUCAGUGGAUAUUUGCUUAAAGCUCUCUAUGCCACUUCAAAUGAACUUGUUCACCUUGAUGUGUAUCCAGUUCCAAAUUAUCUAACUUACAUGGAUGUUUCUAGAAACCACCUGGAGAGCCUUCCAGAGUGGGUUUGUGAUAGCCGAAAGUUAGAAGUACUGGAUCUGGGCCACAAUCACAUACGUGAACUUCCUGCUCGGUUAUUUUGCAAUAUCAGCUUGCGAAAAUUACUUGCUGGACACAAUCAGUUGGCAAGGCUACCAGAGAGGAUUGAACGAACUCAUGUGGAAGUCCUGGAUGUGCAACAUAACCUACUUGUGGAGCUGCCAUCUAAUUUGCUGCUAAAAGCUGACAGCUUAAGGUACUUGAAUGCUUCUGCCAACAAACUGGAAAUGUUACCUCCAGCCACUCUUUCAGAGGAGACCCACAGUAUUUUACAAGAACUGUAUUUGACCAACAAUCACCUCACAGAUAAAAGUGUGCCCUUGUUAACCGGUCAUCCUCACCUGAAGAUACUACAUAUGGCCUACAAUCGCUUGCAGAGCUUUCCUGCAAGUAAAAUGGCCAAACUUGAAGAGUUGGAAGAAAUCGAUGUUAGCGGAAAUAAGCUGAAGUCCAUUCCAACGACUAUCAUGAACUGUCGCCGGAUGCAUACUGUGAUUGCGCACUCCAAUUGCAUCGAAGUCUUUCCAGAAGUCAUGCAACUUGGCGAGAUCAAGUGUGUGGACCUGAGCUGUAAUGAGCUGAGUGAAAUCACGUUACCUGAAACCUUGCCUCUGAAGCUGCAGGAACUAGACCUGACUGGAAACCCCAGACUCGUUCUGGAUCACAAAACCUUGGAGCUGCUGAAUAAUAUUCGUUGUUUCAAGAUCGACCAGCCUUCUGCCGGAGAUGCAUCUGGAGCCCCAGCGGUGUGGAGCCACGGUUACACUGAGGCAUCUGGAGUUAAGAAUAAGCUGUGUGUGGCCGCUCUUUCUGCCAAUAACUUCUGUGAGAACAGGGAGGCUCUCUAUGGGGUCUUUGACGGAGACCGCAAUGUGGAAAUACCUUACCUUCUACAAUGUACGAUGAGUGAUAUCUUGGCAGAAGAGUUGCAGAAAACCAAGAACGAAGAGGAAUACAUGAUCAACACUUUCAUUGUAAUGCAGAGGAAGCUUGGAACUGCUGGGCAGAAACUUGGAGGCUCUGCUGUCCUUUGCCACAUCAAACAUGACCCAUUAGAUCCAGGUGGAUGCUUCACAUUAACCUCAGCCAAUGUGGGGAAGUGCCAAUCUGUUCUCUGCAGGAACGGGAAGCCCCUGCCUUUGUCUAGAUCUUACAUGAUGAGCUGUGAGGAAGAGCUAAGGAGGAUCAAGCAGCACAAGGCUAUUAUUACAGAAGAUGGCAAAGUGAACGGUGUAACAGACUCGACAAGGAUUUUGGGAUAUACCUUCCUUCACCCAAGUGUUGUUCCACGCCCCCAUGUGCAGUCCAUUACUUUGACUCCUCAGGAUGAAUUCUUCAUUCUGGGCAGCAAAGGCCUGUGGGACAGUCUCUCCAUUGAUGAAGCUGUGGAGGCUGUCAGGAAUGUGCCUGAUGCCCUGGGAGCUGCCAAGAAACUUUGCACGUUGGCUCAGAGUUAUGGCUGCAAUGAUAGCCUCAGUGCUGUGGUGGUUCAACUCAAUGUAACUGAGGAUAGCUUCUGCUGCUGUGAGCUAAAUGGGGUCCCUCCUCCCAGCCCGGGCAGCUUCCCCCAGUCUGUCAAUGUAGUAAUUAAAGAUAAGCCUUCUGAUGCUUUGGGGAUGCCUUCGUCUAGCAGCGGCAUGGCGUCUGAGAUCAGCAGUGAGAUCUCCACUUCGGAAAUGAGCAGCGAGGUUGGAUCGACAGCCUCUGAUGAGCCACCUCAGGUAACCAUGAAUGAAAACAGCCCUGCUUACCCUAAUGAACAGCGCUGUAUGCUCCACCCAGUUUGCCUCUCCAACUCUUUCCAAAGACAGCUCUCCAGCGCCACAUUUUCCAGCGCUUUUUCAGACAAUGGCCUUGAUAGUGAUGAUGAGGAACCAAUCGAAGGGGUCUUCUCUAAUGGCAGCAGAGUAGAAGUGGAAGUGGACAUCCACUGUGGUCGGGCAAAGGAGAAGCAGUUACUGCUGCAGGCGCCUGUGGAGAUCAGCGAUGAAGGCAUUGUCAUCAGUGCAAAUGAAGAAGAGACGUGCCUCCUUCGAAAGGCUGACACUUCUUCCACUGGCACCAUCGGGCGCCGCCGAGGCAAUGGUUCAGUGGCUCCUCAGGAGAGGAGCCACAAUCUGAUUGAAGUAGCCGCUGAUGCACCACUCAGGAAAACGGGGGGCUAUUUUGCCGCUCCAGCUCAGCCUGAUCCAGAUGAUCAGUUCAUCAUCCCACCAGAGCUUGAGGAGGAGGUGAAGGAGAUAAUGAAGCAACAUCACGAGCAACAACAACAGCAGCAGCAGCAGCAGCAGCAGCAACGUCAAUAUCAGAUGGACCAGCUGCCAGAUUAUUAUGACACACCACUAUGACGCAGCUUUGUGAAACAAGCUAACAAGACAUUAAGAGCUGGAAGCUCCUUAGGUUUGUAUUACACUAAUGGGGUGGGGAAGAAAGAAAGCUUUUGUUCUACUUUCUCUUCCAGAUCCUUCCCUUUAACUGAAAAAGUGCAGCUGCUUCUUGUUCGUUAGCUGUAAUGAUCACCAACUCCCCCCCCCCUUUUCUAGUGAUGCUUCACUGGUUAGAAAUUAAUCUAGGUUAACUCUUCCCCUUCCUUAACAUAUCAGAUGUGUAAAAAAAGUGGAGAAAAAUUAAAAUACAAAAGGUUUAAUAUAUUGCAAAGAAAACUGAUGACGACGUUGAUGUAAUAUUUUUUAAAAUUGUUCUUUUUUUUUUUUCCUUGUCUAUUUGGAAAACAGGGCAGUAUUGCCAGUGCUAAAUGAUUAAGUAAUAUUGUAAUACUGUAUUUCUUUGAGAGAAAAAAAAAGGCUUUUUUGGUCUUGAAAAUGGAUAGACAUUUGUAGAAUUAUGGAGACUAACUCCUAGGAGUUGCUUUUACUCUUUCAGGUGACUUUAAGUCACUGAGAUUCACUAAUUUUCUCUGAGAGAACAGCUGAUUGGGAAAUUCCUGUAAAUAACUCAGUGUUGUAUAGUGAAGCUUCACAUGUUUUGUAGACUUGGCAGGAGGGCACAGCCUAGUAAACUGACAUUAUACCCCCCACCUCUUUCCAUUUACACCCCAGGAGCUUUCGCAUGUGUGUCAAAGCUACCACUGAUGCAACCACAUCGGGAGGGUAGGAAAAUCCUAUCAAUGUAUUGCCCUCUCAGCGGGUGAGGUGAUGAAAUGUGUGGGGCCCUGGUGACCUCCUGUGUCUGUACCACCAUAUCCAGUCGCCAUUUGAUUUGGCUGGGCCCAAGUCAGUGGGGGGACUGUGUUCACGUGUGAAGUUGCCCACAAGUUAUGGAAUCUUCGGACGCUGAUCCAUAUAAAGCUAGCAGGAGCAGCUAUAACAAGCUGUGUAGAAUUCAGUGGGUAUUGGGCUAGAGACCCCUGUGUUAAUUUUUUCAGUCUUUACCAUUAACUUUUUUGGCACAUUUUUGUGUGUUCCUCCCUGCUGCCACAACCAGCAUGAUUGUAUAGAGUUCAUUUACUGUAGAUCAUUUACAUACCAAGAGUUAUAUUAAAGAAGAAUGCACAAAUGAACAUGUCAUAAUUUUUGUUAUAAUAAAUAUAAAAAUUUACAAAUACUUGCAGCCUUCUGUUAUGUCUAUGCAAACACACAUAUGCAUGUAUAUACUCUGCAGGCUUGAUAGUGAAAAGUUCAGGUUCUCACAUUUUUUAUCACAAUAGUUGCUGAUAAACUACAUUAACAUUGCCCUGUCCUGCAUAUUAAAAAAUUCCCAUAUUGGAAUGAAGGAAAGAUACUCUGUUUAAUUUCAAGAGGAUGAGUGAAGAAGGUAGUAUGUUGCUAUCAAGAAGAAAUUGUGGAAAUUGCUAGUUGCCAAAGCACUGUAGUGGUGAAAAUACCAAAGUAGAUGGUGGAAGAACUGUGUUCAAAUCUGCACUGAGCAGUGAAGCUCACUUAAUGAUCUUGGGUCCGUUGGUAGCAUUUAGCCGUUGCUAACAUACACAAGUUCUAGUGGAGAGUGAAUGGGUCAGGAGCCUUGAGCUUCUUGGGGGAAAAGCUGGAUAUAAACAAAGUAAGUUGUGGAAUGAAUGUUUAGUUGCAUAGGAAGGAUUGAAUGAAAGUGUGGACUUUUUUUCAAAUUUGUGCUCAACAUCCAGUUUUACUUUGUUCCCAGCUUUACCACAUGAGAUAUGCAAGACUUAAUGGAACAAGCCUGGAACUUUGGAGUGGGUGGGAAGGGAUCAAAACAUUUUGUAAAAGACAGAUACCAGUUUUCCAUGGUGGGGAAGACGACUCUAGUUAAUUGAGCUGAGUGGUCAAUGGGAAUAAUGCACAUAAGAUCUGAAAUAAACCCAAUUAUCAGGAAAAAAAAUUUUUUUUAAUUUUUUGAAGAAUACUAUUUUGGCUUGUUUCACAGUGGAGAAUUCUUGAAAAGUCAUUUUCCUGGUCCUGGAAUUUUAAUUUCAUUCUUCAUAUAUUCAGAAGUCCUAAAUUGGAACCCCACACUAGAAUUUCAUGUCAUUGUACCUUAUUUGUCCCCAACCAUUGUGAUUUCUUUUCACCUUUGUUAUUGCUAUUAAUAUACAGAGGAUAAGUAAAAAACAAAGAACAAAAACAUAAAACCAAAUAAAAUCACAAAAAAAUAGAAGAAAUUAUAUAGAAUGCAUACAUAAUAGAGUAUAAUACAUAGAACAUGUGCAUAUGAAAAUAACUUGGUUUGUAAACAAUAACCACAUAGAUACUAGCCCAUUUUCCUCCAUAUCAAUAUGAAUGAUUUCAUAGGUGGAAAGUGAUCAUAUCUCAUCAAAUGUUUUAAAUCAAACAGGUAUAGGUGGUCCUCAUUUAACAA